AUGGAUAUACAAAGAGAACGAGAUCGCCAUGUCUACUUGGCUAAAAUCGCAGAACGAGCUAGGAGAUUUGACGAUAUGGUAAAGGAGAUGAAUUCUGUAGCAAUGUUAAAUGUGGAAUUAACUGUGGAUGAGAGAAACUUGUUGUUUCUUGGAUAUAAAAAUGUUACUGGAGAAAAACGAGCAUCAUGGAGGACAAUGCGUGUUAUUGAACAUAACGAAUUGGUUGCUGGUCAUGAGCAAAAGGCGAAAAAGAUUCAGGAUUAUGUGAAGAAGAUUGAACAUGAACUUACGACGAUAUGCAAUGACCUUCUCUCAUUGAUUGAUCACCAUUUACUCCCAUCAUCAAAGAAUGGCGUAUCUGCAGUAUUUCUUCAUAAGAUGAAGGGUGAUUGUUUCCGUUAUUUAGCUGAAAUAAAAGUUGUGGAUGAUGAUCGUAUUGAAGAUGCAUUGCAGGCGCUUGAAGCUUACGAGACUGCGACUACCAUUGCCACAUUGCACACGUCAUCAGCCCUGUUACCUACUCAUCCACUCAGGCUUGGCUUGGCUUUGAACUUCUCAGUUUUUCAAUAUCAGAUAAUGAACUCUCGUGAAAGGGCUUUUCGUAUGGCUAAACGGGCUUACGAUGAUGCUGUUGCUGAGCUUAAAUUCCUUGGUGAAGCAUCGUACGAGGAGAGCACUCAUAUUUUGCAUCUCAUUAGGGACAACCUUACUCGCUGGUCAGCUGAGGUUAAAGAAGGGGAUGAGCGUACUGAAUUUGCAUCACAAUCACUCAAAGCUUAUGAGGAAGCUACUGAGUUAGCCAUGUCAGCUCUGUCACCUAGUGAUCCAGACAAACUUUGCUUGUCUAUGAACUACUCGGUCUUGCACUAUGAUAUACUGAAAGACCGUGAAAGGGCCUACAACAUAGCUGAACUGGCCUAUGGUGAUGCUGUCGAUGAACUUGAUCUCCGCGGUAUACCAUUCUAUGAGGCCAUGACACCUGCUGAACAGGCCAAAAGAGAUGCUGUUACCCGUUAUCUGAAGCAACUUAAGGAAAAUCUUGAUUUUUGGUCAGUUAUUGCAGAAGAGGAAGUGUAUGACUGCAUAAGAAAGCAGCAUAACGACAUUCCAGGGGCUGAAAUACAAUUGUGUGAAGCGGUUUUAGAGCAAUACAAUUGA